UCUAGUACGUGUGGCAUCGAUCGUGUGACAAAGGACUCAAAGUUUAGGUUCUUUUAGCUCAAGUGCAGCUCAGUUCGUCAGAUUUUCAAAAAAUUAAAUUCUAAAAUGAAGGUGACGCGAACGCCGAGUAAUAUUCCAACGCCCAAACCGAUUCGCGGGAAAAUUUGAAGAGUUUUAAGUUCAGAUCAAAUGUCUGCCCUUCUGCAUGAGAGUCCUGUUGCAAGGGUUACGCCUCGACAUCUGUUUAGCCGUGCUGAUAGCAUGCAUUCUCACAGUGUAGCACAUAAACCAUUGGUUGACAAUAAACUGGAUGACGAAGGCAUAAACAAGUCUACAAAGAACAGUACCGUUGUACGAAAAUCGUUGACUAUCACUGGUGAUAGCAGUGCGACCGAAAACAAUUCAACAGGAACUGUUCCAUCAAACAAAGCAUUUUGUAAGAUGUUCAGCGGCUGGUUGGAAAACACCGAACGAGAAUCGGAUAGUGAGCGUUUUGAUCGAUUGAAAGAGGAUUUGUGGAAAUUGGUUGGGAAAUACGCACUAGAAAUGCACAAAGAUGAGUAGUCCGUAGAGUUUUUCCGGGCAAUUAUUGUUCAUCGCAGCAUUUCAAUUAUAAAUUUUCAACUCGAUUCAAUUUUAUGUUUCGCCGUUUUUCGUUUCGUAUUUAUUAGAAUGUAAAGUACAAAUAUUUCAGGAAUAAAAUUGCCACCACAAUGGCCGUUAGCAAAACAUUAG